UCAACUGGAUAAAUGACACAUUAUUCAUCUGUUCCUUUGGUGACUCUUUGAACUCAUGCCUCUGCUUUUUCUCCAUGUAUGAACUUUGUGACUCAUGAAAAGGAAUUUUUCUUCAAGAUUUGGGUCCUCGAGAUCAUGUUCUUGUAAAUUUAUUACUAGGGUUGCAAUCAAUGCGAGGCCGUCUUACCCUUCGUUCCCAAACCAUCGCUUAUUUAAAGCUGCGAGGUUUUGGUGAUGCCUGUCAUCAUCGGUCUCCUCGUGAGCCGCGUGUCGCAACUGCCCGCGCCAUCACAUUAAUCUUCGUCCGCUUCUCACUCUCUGACUCCGGCACUGCCAUGGGCUCUUCGAACCCACAGUCGUUUGCCAGAGAGGAAGGAUCCGCUCCCCCUGACCAGAAGAAAUCUUCUUGGAAGACUGUGCUAACUCUUUCAUACCAGAGUCUGGGUGUGGUCUAUGGAGACCUGAGUACUUCAACUUUGUAUGCAUACAAAAGCACAUUCUCAGGGAAACUGAGCCUUCAUGAGAGUGAUGAGAUAGUGUUCGGUGUGCUCUCAUUCAUCUUUUGGACAUUAACUAUCAUUCCUCUUUUCAAGUACAUAUGCUUUGUGCUAUCAGCUGAUGACAAUGGUGAAGGUGGAACCUUUGCACUAUAUUCACUUCUUUGCAGACAUGCCAAGUUAUGCAUGCUGCCUAAUCAGCAAGAUGACGACAAGGACUUGUCAGCUUAUGAUGAUGAAGGGGCAGACACAUGGGGGAGUAAUCUGCUCAAGGAUUUCUUCAAGAAGCAUCCGAUGUUCAGAGGUGGUCUGCUUGUAGUUGUUCUUCUUGGAACUUCUAUGGCGAUCGGUGACGGAGUGCUCACACCAACAAUCUCUGUUCUUUCAGCGGUAUCGGGUGUUGGAGUGAAACUUCCCCAUCUUCAUGAGAAUUAUGUCGUCGCAAUUUCAUGCGUAAUCUUGGUGGGUCUCUUUUCUCUUCAGCACCAUGGAACACACCGUGUCGGUUUUAUAUUUGCUCCAAUUGUCAUAGCAUGGUUUCUAUUUAUCAGUGCUAUAGGCAUCUACAACAUUUUCAAAUGGAAUCCCGGCAUUUUUUGUGCUCUUUCACCGGUUUACAUGUUUAGGUUCAUCAAAGCCACUGGCACGGAUGGCUGGGUAUCAUUAGGAGGAGUUAUGCUUUGUAUUACAGGUACCGAGACUAUGUUUGCUAAUUUGGGUCAUUUCUCUUCCCUUUCCAUCAAGAUUGCCUUCACCUGUCUGGUGUAUCCCUGUCUAGUUCUUGCAUACAUGGGCGAAGCUGCUUUUCUCUCUAAGCACCAUGAAGACAUUCAACGAAGCUUCUAUAGGGCAAUACCAGAGCCAGUAUUCUGGCCAGUCUUCAUUGUGGCCACUCUCGCAGCGGUGGUCGGAAGUCAGGCUGCAAUAUCUGCAACCUUCUCCAUUGUAAGCCAGUGCUGUGCUUUCAGUUGCUUCCCUCCUGUGAAGAUUGUCCACACUUCAAACCAAAUAUAUGGACGGAUCUACAUUCCUGAAGUCAAUUGGAUGCUCAUGUGUCUGUGUCUGGCUGUCACGAUCGGACUGCGGAACACCAACUUCAUCGGUCAUGCUUACGGGCUUGCAGUCACAAUCGUCAUCUUUGUAACCACUUGCCUGAUGUUCUUGGUGAUCAUAGUCGUCUGGAGGCAGAAGGUAAGAACGGCCGUGGCUUUUCUUGUGUUCUUCGGAUCGAUAGAGCUGUUAUAUAUAUCGGCAUUGAUGAUAAAGAUCCCAGAAGGGGGGUGGCUUCCGCUUGCUCUCUCUACGAUAUUUAUGGUUGUCAUGUAUGCAUGGAACUAUGGCACAUUAAGGAAGCAUGAAUCUGAUUUGGAAAACAAGAUUUCAGUAAGCAGAAUACUGGCUUUAGGGCCUAAGCUCGGGAUCGUUCGCGUGCCGGGAAUUGGCCUUGUUUAUGCUGAUCUGGUGACCGGGAUGCCUGCCAUUUUUGGGCACUUUGCCGCGAAUUUGCCUGCAUUCCAUCAAGUUCUAGUGUUCGUGUGCAUCAAGUCCGUGCAGGUUCCCUUUGUUUCUGAGGAUGAUCGAUUUCUGGUCGGCAGGAUUGGACCAAAAGAGUAUCACAUAUUCCGGUGUAUCGUUCGGUACGGGUACAAGGAUCUGCAGCAAGAAAACUCUGAGUUCGAGAAUGAUCUUGUGUCUAGAAUUCUAGCUUUCGUAGAGACGGAAGAUGAUGAUGGAGAAGCAUCGUCGGAUUACGAGUCUGGUGAAUCGGGCAUUCGGCGCCUCGAGCAUACUUCCGAUCACACUGUGCAGCAUUCCGAUACCCAUUUGGCGAGGCCUCCGGCACUUGAAUUCUGGGAGAGUUGUCAGCUGAAGACGGAGUCCUUAGAGAUCCUGACGGCCAAGGAAUGUGGAGUGGUAUACAUUCUCGGGCAUUCCUACGCCAAGGCGAAGAAAUCAUCGUCUGUCUUGAAGAAACUCGCCAUCGACGUUGUUUUCUCCUUCCUGAGCAAAAAUUGCAGGGCACCUGUUGUUCUUCUGAAUGCACCUCACUCUUUAUUGCUUGAGGUUGGUAUGGUGUGCUAUGUUUAACUCUGCAAGCUCGUCUCUCUUCUUCUCCGUCUUCUUGAUAUUGUACAUGUUUAUGGAGGAGGAAACCUAAGUUGGUCACAUAAUCGACAUGACCAUUUCUCUUCCCUCAA